AUGCCGCGCAAUUUCAAGCCGUUGUCACUCCAUCUCCGCAACGUAAUACUCUUUCUCCAUCUAUCUGGCCAAGAACCCGCGGAUAUCGAUAGACGUCUGAAGGAAGUUUACAAAGAGCACGCCCCCGCCAGAAGUACAGUCUACAAGUGGCGCUCGAGGUUCGCAUCGGGCGACUAUUUCAUCGAUGAAGACCUUUCGGGACGCCCGAUGGAGUUGGGUUUGGACUUGCUGCGGAGACAAGUGGAAGCCGAUCCGUAUCAAACCACUCGCGAACUGACAGUCGCUCUUGGGGUGAGUCAAACCACAGUUGUUCGCGGAUUGAAGUCAAUCGGCAAGGUGCGAAAACUAGGUCGAUGGGUACCACAUGUUCUUACGCAGUAUAACAUGGACAGCCGCGCUGAUACGGCGCUUUCUCUUCUCACGCUCAAGCGCACCCACACUUGGCUUGAGCACAUAGCCACCGGGGAUGAGAAGUGGAUUUUCUAUUCUAACAUUUACCUUCGUGUCCAAUGGGUUGACAAAGGUACGGAUGCAGAAGACGUCCCUAAACCCAACGUACACGCCAAAAAGGUUAUGCUUUGCAUCUAG